GAGCACGUUUCCCCCACACACUCUCCCUCCCUCAUCCCAGGUUGCCUGAGGCAGCAGGCCAAGACUUAUGGUCUGCGUAUCAUGAAAAAGAUGUAUUUCCCAGUACAAAAAGUCAGAAGACUGAUGGUAGCCGGAACAGAAGAAAACCUACCAUUUAAACAUGAUGUUUGUGCAGAGAGAGAGUUUGAUUGACGUAACAUCAAGCAAUAUUAGACAAUGCCCUGUCAAGUUAGACAAAAUGUGAGGUUUGCUGAAGAAUGUGUGUACUGGAGUCAAAGGAGUCAGACCUGUGGGGACAGGCGCUGGCUCCGCAGGUCUUUAAUAUGUGGAAUAGUUGCUAAUAGACCCAAAUCUCUUCUCAUUAGAGAAGCCUGGGAGCUAUAGGUAUUUACUCACCCGGACGCCUUAUCCCGGGGACAAGAGGUUACAUAGCUCAUAACUACAAGUGUUGGCACGCUACCUCUUUCAUUGUUCCUGAGCCCCAGGGGCCACCCUUGCCUAUGGAACCUGCUUGCUCUGGGUUCCUUUGGCAGGUGGGUACUUGCUUCAUUCUCUGCAAGGCUGUGGUCAGCUUGUUCGAACAUGCAGCCAUCUUCCAAGGCUGUGGUCAGCUUGCUCGAACAUGCAGCCAUCUUCCAGAUCUUCUGUCGCUGCCUGAUGCACACUGCCAGCCUCCACAAGUCCUGUGUGCCUGUGUUGGAUUUCCCAGCUGUAGGAGGGUGUUGGAUGAGAUGUAAAUCAGAUGUAGCCGACUUACAGACACACUGUUCUGAAGAGAAAUUUUCUGGUACUGGAGAAACAAAUAGACUUUAGGUGAUGACUCACAGUCACCAUGUUGAGCUUCUCCAGAUGACGUGGUUUUGCUAGUGUUUUCUGGAACUUUGGCAUCUUUCCCUACAGAUGGGCGAGCAGACUCUCCUCUCCGAGGAUGUGGCUGUUAUUGGUGGCAGGGUAUUCACCUGUAUCAUGGCAACACUGUCUGUUCAUAAAGGUCUGUAUGGACCUUUAUGAACCAUCUCCAGUCAAAACCCUGAUGGGGAUUUAAGCUGAGCCUUGCUCAUCUGCAUGCCCCGUAUCACCCAUCACACUGCAUCGUGUUACCUCUUCUCCAGGCUAGGGGGGUGAUCCUUUUAUGCAGUAGGUGCAGUGGGAUGGGGCCCUCCCUGCCGCUGGUAGGCAGACUUCAAGCAGGGGAUGCAGCUCGCAGACUGAAAGAAAAAGAUGAUGAAGUCAUUUUCACAAGGACCAGCAGGACCAUACCUGGAAAAUACUGGUAUGAUAAGAAGGUCUCUGCUGAUUACAGACAGUCUUUCCCUCAAGGUUCUCUUCUUUCUUCACUCCCUGUGACCUGAACCUCACCAUCCCUGGGAGCCAUCUAUGUCCUUCUUUCUUCUCCUCUUUCCUUAGCUGCCUUCUCCUCAUCAUCUUCCUCCCCUGAGCACCUUCCAGGCAGGCCCAGGCUGGAAACUGUGGUCUCCACAGGUUCCGGACAAGAUGUUUGAAGCAAGAAUUUCUGCUAUUCUAUAAGCAGAAUUUCCCUUUUGUGAAGAUGCCCAUCUCAAAGAAACCUCCCUCCCCCAAAGGCUCUUCCUGGUUCUGUAUUAACCACACCUUGUACUUUCUGCCAGUGCUCUGGACCAAAUGUGUCUCUUAGCACAGCCCAUGUGGGUUCCUGUGCCUGUCCCAGCAUACCGAUGUAAUCUGCAAUGGGGCAAGGAAGCACCAGGAAUUUACUGUGUUUAGAGAAGGUAACUUCAGCUGUAUGAACACUGCUGUGUAUAUGUUUACGAUAGAAAAGUCAAAUAUCUGAACAAGGUAACAAAAUAAAAGGUCUGUACAAACAAUGUAAUGGUGAAUGGAGGUGCUAAAAAAGCCAACAAACAGACACAAGGAUUUACAGCCUGCAGGAGUCUGUAAUGUAAGGUUCACAGGAGUUCUUCCCAGCAGAUGCUGUCACUUGUGACGGAGGUUAGGGUGGCUGCAACCUCACUACUCUCUUCCCUCAAUAGUUUCUCACUCCAUUGCUCUGGCUCUCCUGUGACAGGCAAAGCUUCAGUUACCUGGAAAAAUUUUGCAUCAGCGUCCAAACAGUUCCUUCAAAUUUUCAUCCCUCAUAUCUUGCUCCCCUUUCCCAUCUUUUUGCUUCAGGAGGUCAUGGUGGAAAGCAAGAAAACCAUCAAAGUGCCCCCGCAGAAGCCUGGCUUGAUGCAACAUUUUAAAACUGCUCCUACAACAGACGGUAUGACCAGAGGGAGUUUGGAGGGGCAGGGUUGUGCACACUCAGCUGUGAAUACCUGCCAAGGACAAAAUCCCUCAGGAGGAGGAGCUGCACUGCAUAACGCUGCACUGCAGGGACUAUGUGUGUCUAUCAGAAAUUCAGGCUUACUUCUGUGCACCAGAUAACUACUGAGGCUUUAUAGACAAUUAAAGCAUAUGUUUAUCACUACGCAAUUGCCUUUCUGUGCAGGACAGUGAGGCAAUUCUACAAAAUUCUCCCAGCUCAAGGCAACAUCUAUGAUAGCACUGAUGCUUGUCUCUCACCUGCCACUGUAUUGGUCAUAUAAGCACAGCCUCUGGGCCUCCUUUUUUCUCUCUCCCUAGGGUAUCCCCCUUUAGGCACUUCAACUGCAAGCUGUUCCUGGGAAAUUUUCUUUUUGAUCAAGUCGUAUAUGGCCUUUGCAGAUGUUGAGCAAAAUCCUGGACUCCUCCUCAUGUCACAUUAUACAUGACAAAGGGAGACUAUGUCAUGGCCCAUGAAAUGCAGGGUUUUUCAACACAGUGACUUCUAGACAAAGUUGUGCAUACAUUGUGGAUUGCAAGGGAUUCUGGCACAAAACUGAAGGCACGUCAAUCAUACUGCACAGAUGGGUCAGUAGUGUCUGCCUCUUGAUUAGCAGGUGAUUUGCAUGUGAUAUCUUAAUAGGAGAUAUUUCGUCCCUGAAGAAAGGGCUGCAACUAAAGCAGAAGCAGAAGAAAAUAAUGAAAACUUAAACAAGUGUAGCCUGUCUUGAAGAUAGCCAAGGCUGUGACAGAAACACAGGUCUUAUUUCGAUCCAAACUGAGGGCAUGAAUGGCUCUAGCUAGUGAGGGUCCUUCCUCCCCUGAAAAAUGUAGGAACGUUUCAUUCUGUGCUGCUUUUCUCCAUAGCUAGUGUGAGUCCACAUAUUGCCAGGUGCAUCUACAGAUGCUGAAAGUUUCAGAAGAUGUGCUGCUUUUGACACUGAUACCUUACUAACCGGAACAUCACCCCUAUCCUCAGUGAAAAAAAUAUCUGAGGACAGUAGUCACUACAAAUCAAUACCCUGUAACUUGCUGAGAAAGGUAUGUUUCAGCUCCACCUCCUCUCUUUUCUAGGCGGACUUCUAUCUCCAAAGAAGACCUUUAAUCUAAGGGAGAUGGUAUUGUUACUUAUUUAUACAUACUAUUAGGUACUUGUAUAACUCUGGCACCCCAGAGACACCCAGGACAAUACUGUGCUAUAUAGAGUAGAAAUACAGAACAGCUUGACUGGGGAUUAGGCACUACUAAAAGUGCAAAGAAGUGUAAAGGACAGGUACGUGCUGUGAAGGGAAUCAGACGAAGUUUCCUCUGUGUAAUCAACAACACCCAAGGCAGACUGUGCUCAUCAUAACCCAGAAGUCUUGUUACAAAAGAGGAUGAUGAGAUCUUAAAGCCUGGCAGACUCUGAUGCUUAUUGUUUGCUAGGUUAGUAUAUUGCAUUCUCCCCCUGGGAGGUUUGAUAAAGGAUGGAACAAGUGACGUUUCUCUUGCCUGCUUGUAUAUUUUGGCUGCUACUGCCCUCCUAUGAAUCUGCACAGACUGACGUCCUUAUCUGUUUUUGACACUUCAGGAUUGUUUGCAGAUUUUCAAAUUCAGAUAAAAAGAAAACUGAAAACAAAGUUAAAGAGCUGAAGUGCCACAAAGCUGUGACAGGGUUGUUGUGCAAAAGGACCAGGAAGUCCACCCUUCUUCAUAUGUAGUGAAAUUUCCUGCCACUACUAGCUUCCUCAAAUAAACUGUAGUGAUAAAUCAGACUUUGGAAAAACAAUUCUGCCAAAAACUUCACAACAAAGUCUUCCAAGUUUCCAAAAUAUGAUGGAAAAUAUCCUUCAGGGUCAGCAAGCUGAGCUGCAAGCCCUUCCCAGGGCUCCAACUAGAAACACAGCAACAUUAAUCCGUUCCAACAGAGGCCACUGGGACCAGAAGCAGCAAGGGAAGACGUCACAGUAAACAACUCUCAGUCCACGCACGGCACUGUCCACAGAGCGGGUGGCAGCCGCUGCCAGGCUGGGCUGCUAUGGCCAAGGUGCAGUGCAAUGCCUGGCUGAUCCUGUGUGUGCUUGCUGGAUCCCAGAGGCUGACAGAUGAACACCCUCGCAGCAGGGAUGAUGCUGGCGCCAACACACCUCAUCGUGGCCCAGAGGAUGCUGACAUCAUGUUAGAGAUGCUCUGGGGAGGGCUGGAUAUUCAGGCCAACAGGACAAUCUGGCUGAGAGAUGAAGAGCUGGCCUCCUUGCGCCCGGUGCAGCGGUUCAUGCAGAUUUUAGAGGAUGAAGUUCCCAAAACACCAACAGAGAUCGAGCAACACCUGAGAUAUUAUUCACUGAUGAAUACCCCUUUGCCUCCAACAGAGUUUGACCGUCUCCUUUUCACCAGUGUUUACUGUGCCUACCAGAUUCGCUCCAUGCAGGGUCUGGAUAAAAAUAUCUGGAUCAGUUUUUUCUCUCAGCUGGUUGAUGAAACGUUUCGUGAUCUCUGCAAGGGGUUCUGCCCUGCAGAUACCACCCUCCUCCUGGCUUCCUGGCCUUGGAAGGAGAAGCCUUCACAUUUAGCAUCCCUGAAACAUUUCUAUCGUUCUAACCCUGCCAGGACAAAGAGAGACAUUUAAUAAGGGAUGUUAUGGUAGGAAAGGACACACCUGACUUCAUCUGCAUCCUUGGUUAUUUAGAAUGCUUUCCACAUUAUUCAGGACUGUGUAGAAACACACACCUUUUAGCCCCGCUUUUUGCUUUGUAUUGGCAACCCUCUAAGGAUUUGUACACCAGCUUUUAUUUUUAAUUUCAUCAGGGCAAAACUAUAAAAUACAUUUCAGCCUUUCCUGAUUUUGGUUGGGUUUUUUUCUGUUUUUUUUUAGGUUUUUUUAAUUUUUUUUUUUAAGUGAGCUGUGCUGAAAGGGGCAGUACUGUUUAGAUGUUUCUCUGUCUUGAUAAUGACGCUUACUAAGGAAAUGCCCUGGCAGGCUUUUUUCCAGGAUGUUGCAGUGGUGUUCCAUCUGUCUUCAUUGAGAUAAUUCAGUUCAGCCUCUUUAUAUUUCCCCUGUGGUUUCAGCCAAGUACAGUAUCUUUUCUCCUCUCCAGCAACCAACUUAAGCAGAUGCUGUUGUGUUUCAUGAUAUAGGUCACACUUAAUUUCAGCUUUUUGCUCACGUGGCAUCACAUUUUAUGUGUCCAUAGUGAUUUCCCAUUGCAUGCAUUAAUUUUUCUUUAAAAAGCAACGUGAAAAUGUAUGUAUUCCAUGAACCUUUCUAGUAUUUGCAUAUCAUAUUUACACACGUACAUAGCUUUGUGUCAGCUAUCACUUUGGAAUACACUCCCUUAUAUCUCAUUUAAAUUCUUAAGGAUUGUGACCUAGUUAUUUCUUCAGUAUAUUCCUACGAAGUUUAUUUGUACAGCUAUGGCACUUCACAAGCCAAACAUAACAAAUACAAAAUCUCUGUCCUCAAACAGUUUCCUGUAUUACUCAUUGCAAUGUGGAAUCAAAUAAAUUUAAUUGUCUACUAGGGAGAAUUUCGGUAUUUUUGUUUGUUUCUACUGGGUUUCCCACUGCCAUUAUAGGUACCCUAUUUUUGAACAUUCAUAGCAUAUGCUUAGAUGAUGGGAUCCAUAAUUCCUUUUCUAUCAUUAUACUCAAUUCUCCAUGCUCAACAAAGCAGGCAUGCGUGACAUUUAAAGGGGGAGCUGCGAGCUUUUGACCUACUUAAUCAUUUUCCAAGUCACUGUUGCCCAACAGAUGGAGAGGAGAAAUGGUGUGGCAGGAAUAAGAAGCCUGGAAGCAAGAUGCCUCAGAGAAUGGUUUUUCAGAUCAGGUUGGGGCUAUGACAGGAGAAGACAGAUUUAUGCAGUUCAUAAAGCAGGUUGGUUGUUGCCUCAAGGAUGUAGGAAUUGAGAUUGACACUUUAUUCGAAGUAUCACUUCUAGUAAACUUGUGUCCCACCUAAUGUACCUCCACUCUUACAUACCUCCAACAUCUUCCCUUCAUCCUUUUCCUAAAUAUGCCCUCAGUCUUUAAUGUCUAGGAUAUGUAUGGAGUGAUGGAGGCAGAAAGAGGCUGCAGAAAUGUUCAGUUUGAUAAGAAAUCAUCAAAAAGCUGAGAUAGGAUGGCACUAAUGCAUGACAAUAUUGUCUUGCUGGAUAUGGGGUCCAGGCUACAUGAAUGUCUGGAUAAAGGUUGAGGGAACUGGCUUGGCAACUCAGAUGCAAAUACACUGUUUUGAAUCCAAGAUUUUGUUAGGAUCAAUUUAAGAGCAUUGUUGAGCAGAUUAUAAAUGAAACUCAAGUGAUGUCAAAAAGUUUCAUGCAUGCUCAGGAUGAUACACUUUUGCACUUAAUGUAUUUUCGGAGACAAAUUAGAGUUUAGCUCAAUUGAAACAGCACCAAUUGCACUACAAUGAAGCCUCCAGCCUUCUACUUUCCUGUUACGCCAUCAGUGGUUCCUGCCAUCAGUCCUGACUGCUCUGUGAAAGCACACCAGUGCUCUCUAC